GCUUAAUUGAGAAACCAAUUUUUGCAGUACAGUUUCGGCCCGAAGCCCGAAUACCGUACAUGUAUCUCACAAUGGCGGCAUGCAUCACCCCGCCCCGUCACCAACUCCAUAGCAAAGGCAAACCAUGAACAAGUACAACGUGCGAGCGAUAAGGAAAGGACUGGAUGAUUGUGUUCGUAACCGAGCUUGGAAGAAGUUGAGCGCAUCGGUGACAGCUCUAAUAAGGGAUCCCAAUCUCCUGGAAGCCGUGGUGCUGACAACGUCGAAAUUGGCCAGUGGAUCUUUUUUGCAUGGCCUGGUGAAGCAAGACCAUCAUGAGAACGUCUUGUCGCUCGCCACGAUGGUUGCGAGGGCGGCUCCUCAUGCUCUGACAGUCCAAGAUUCUCUACUUCAAACGCCAGUUCAUAUCGCCAUUGCCAGGAAUCAACCCCCGGAAAUGGUGGAUACCUUUCUGAGAAUACUAAGCGGCCACGAUGACAAUAAGAGUCUAUACCAAGUCCUUGCCGCACAAGACAAAUUGGGAGAAACGGCUCUCAUAAAAGCUGCCAAAGGUGAUGAUUCCAGUCAAUAUAUUCCUGUACUCCUGCGGUACAUGGUCCAGAAGAGUCUCGGGUCUUUGCUGCUCAUUCAAGAUAAACGGAAACAAAGAACAGCUCUUUCGUAUGCUGUAUCCAACGAGUUACACAAUGCAUACAAGUACCCUCAGUAUGUGCCACCAGCAGAAUUAAGAUUGCUACUCAUAGCAACCUAUUUUGCAGUGGUCCAAAAACACGAGCAAGGAAACAUCUGUGACCACGAAUGGACAAGCUUUCAACAAGAAUUAUUGGACAAUAGCAACAAUGCACUCGAUACUAGUAGCACUACUACGACAACCACAUCUUCUGAUAUGGUGGAACAACUGACUGUCCGUGCUCUGGUGACAUGCUCCCAUUUGCUGGGAAAGUACGCUGUAAAGUUGCUGGAUUUCCUGAUGGAAAAUGAUACCUAUCGCCAGUGGAUUCUCUCGCAGGAAGUGGAUCAACAUGGGAACUACAUGGUUCAUCUUAUUGCAAGUAACUUCCAUGUGGAUGGCAAUGAUGCAACCGGAAACACAACAACAACGAAAGCUCUCCUCCUAGAUCAGCUGCAACAAAGAAAGGGAGAGUUCUCGGAAGCAGUGUGUCACCCCAACGAUGACGGAAAUAUGCCACUUCAUCUGGCCAUUGCUACCGGUCAAUUCGAUCUUGUCAUGCCUUUGUGGGACGACGUCGCUAUAGAACACUGCAAUUGUAGAGGGGAGCUUCCUCUUCAUCUGGCACUCAAGCCAGUGUCUGUCGUGGAGUUCUCGUCUUUGGAACAUGUUCUGAACAAUCUUUGGAAGGCCAGGCCCAGUUCCGUGGAGGUCCGGGACAGCCCCACGCAAUUGUAUCCGUUUCAAUUGGCUGCGUGCAGUGAAUGGGGCGGGAAGCUACACGAGAAUCCAUGUCAAGACGGCGACAAUACCGAAGCUACGUCAACUCAAUCCGUCGAUGUUCAAUGGGUGAACUUGGUCUUUACCUUGCUUCUUGCAGCUCCACAAGCAAUCCUAUUCCAACAAGAUACGAAUAGUUAAAUAGAGUGUACAGGAUAUCCCUUUCUACAUUACCAUUGACGUAGUCUACUCUACAAUCAUGGUAUUUUCUUUGGACAGUGACAUUUCAUGUCGUUCUUGCUGUUUUCUCCAAAAGAUCUCCUCAUGGUCUCUCCCAAUAAUGUCUUCUAGACACUUGUGACCCCGUUGAUCCAUUAUGGUUGCCAAGUCGUGCCUAAUUCGACUUACGCAACCGGGCCCAUCAUACACCAUCAAACUGUACAACUGAACCACGCUGGCUCCUGCCUUGAGCUUUUCGUACGCAUCUUCGCCGCUUCCAAUACCCCCGACUCCGACAAUAAAGACGUUGCCAUUCAUUUCCUUGUACAAUUGUCGAAUGACCUCGGUACUCUUAUCUUUGAUCGGGGCUCCAGACAGGCCUCCCAUUUCCUCGACGUGAUGCUUUGAAACUAGUUCUUUGGGCCGUUGAUUGGUAGUAUUGGUAACAACCACGCCAUCCACUAGUCGCAAGACAGGGACCAUGCUUUUCAACUCUUCUGUUGUCAAGUCUGGUGAAAGCUUUACCAACAAGGGGACUGGUUUGGAGAGUCGUUUCCUUGCUUCCAGACAGGCUUGGAUAAGUUCGCCCAUGGCCUGAGCCUUUUGUAGAUCCCGCAAGUUGGGCGUGUUGGGCGAUGAAAUGUUGAUGACCUUGAGUGAGCAUGGCAUGGAAGGUUUAUUGUCGUGGUGGCAACGGAAACGAGACGGCGAGAUCCAGUGGACAGAUGAAUUGGAUGAGAAUUUCAAUUUUCGAGCACAAAGGAGGAGAGCUCGGACAGGACAGGACGGCUUACCAAAUAAUCCGCAUAGGAUCCCAAUUGUAGAAUGUU